AUGGAGGUUUCACUGAGGGAGAUGGGGUUGAUGGAGAAGAAGAGGAAACAGAGGCGGGUGUUCUUGCGGCGCUCGGCUGGUUCCAAGACCCCUCUGGAGGGGAAAGAGCAGAGGAUUCGGGAGAAGAAGCAACCAGAGGAGCCGGAGAACACGGCCCCUGUCCUGUAUAUCAGCCAUAUCCCCCAUGCUUCUAUGAGUACCAGAUGCAAGGUUUCUCAGUAG